AUGAAACUAUCAACUUCAAUCAUAUCUUUACCAUAUUUAUUUUCAAAGUCUUCGAGUAUUUCCUCAGCAAUUUUCGCAAUGAGUACAUUACAAGCAUGUAAAAAUUCAUCCUUAUCACUAUCACUAUAUAUCAACAUUUCCUUUAACAUAUAUUUUGAUACUUUAUCGAAAUAGUUCUUAUAUUCAAUAAUAUAUUAAUCAAAAUUCUCGAAUAAAUCAAAUGUGUAUCUAAACUCUUAUAAAUUAAUGUCGAGCUAAACUGCUUUAUUCUAGCAAAGGCUUUUGUAAAUAGCAUUGCAUAAUUCUUCAGGAUCAGAAUCUUUACCUACAAAAAUAAAAGAAUUUUAUAAGCUUGGAUCUUUUUUCAUCAGUUUUUCUUUAGUUUCUUCAUAAAGGCUUCUAUUUUCUGGAGUGUCAUCUCUAUCCCAGUGA